GGCAAGCAAUCAUUGAUGAAGCGGAGACCAUUACCCGUUUCUCUCGCCACUUCUUUUCUGUUCUCUCCUCUAUCUUUGGUGUCUUAUCAAGUUGGCACCUAUUAUAAUUUCCCACAAUCGAGUAGAUCCGACAAUUCUUUCAAAUUCAGGCUGCUGCAAGUAGAUCUCAAGUCGUCUCGUUAUCAACGGCCACCUGCAUGUAGCGAUCAACCAGAGCACGACCUCUUACCCGUAGAAGCAAAGCAACACCACUUGUUUGGCUUGUUUGUUUGCCGCUUUUGUCACGGCUUGGGGACCGCUUUUGCAGGCAGCUCAUCCUGAUGCCAUUCGGUGUAUGAGUAUGAGCAGUGAGCAUCAGAGCGCGGUUUACUCAGAAGUUACCAGAGGCUGCAUGAAGUUCACAGAGCGUAGUUUGUUUGUUGCGGUGUUG